AUGGUUCCACCGAAGAAGACCCCUACCAAUCGCAGUAAGCACCCCGUCGUUAAGGUGCAUGGUGAGCAUGAAGAUGAUGCUCUCGACCCGAAUAUCCCGACUCCUGAUCCCCCGAGACCAGUUAAAACUAAUGAUGACUACGAUGAGGACGGAGAAGGACCCUCUAUGCGUGACCGGUUACAGAAGACUCCGACUCGUGAACGUUUCCACGAACUUACUAACGAAUAUAAUGUGAAGGGCUACAUUGAAUUGAUUCAAUUGAAUGGUGCCUGA